AUGCCGUCCAAGCAAUCCUCUUCUGCGAACACCCCUCCUCCCCCCGCUCUCGGCACUGUCAUCGAUAACAAUACCAUAGAGCUCGUAGAAGUCCUGGGUGUUGGUGGUUAUGGUGUCGUCUAUCGUGCCGUUGACACCCGUGAUCCCCUACUCACCUCCUACGCCGUCAAGUGUCUCAUAAGCUCCCACAUCCACCACAGCACGCGCCAGCGCCAGCUCCACAUCCGUGAGAUAGCUCUUCACCGCCUCGCUUCAGCGCAUCCGAAUGUCGUCACACUGCAUAGGGUGGUCGAGGAGGGCAACUACACCUACAUUAUUAUGGAUUAUGCUAGCGACGGCGACCUUUUCUCCCAGAUAUUACACAACUGCCGCUAUCUUGGUCAUGACCACCUUAUCAAACAUAUCUUUCUACAGCUCCUCGACGCUGUUGAGUACUGCCAUUCGCUUGGCAUAUACCAUCGUGAUCUCAAGCCAGAGAAUGUCCUGUGCUUCGACGGUGGCAUGCGAGUUGCGAUCACCGAUUUCGGUCUUGCCACGACUGAUAGGUUUAGCGAGGAGUUUAGGACGGGUAGCGUAUAUCAUAUGAGUCCAGAAUGUCAAGGAGGAGAAUUCGCUCCGACAGGCUCGUAUUCACCCCUAUUCAACGACAUUUGGUCAUUAGCAAUAAUUCUCCUUAAUCUUGCAACCGGUCGGAAUCCGUGGAAGUCGGCGUCAUCAUCGGACCCCACGUUCCAAGCAUAUUUGCAGGACCCGGCUAACUUUUUGCCGACGGUCCUCCCCAUUUCACCUGAAGUGAACGAGAUUCUUUGCCGCAUGUUGGAAGUGGAUUGGAGGCACCGCCUUACGCUUGCAGAGGUUCGCGUGGCGAUUCAGGAUGUGGAACACUUCUACGCCGAGGGCGUGAUAUUCGAAGGCAGCAUGGCCCGUUGUGCUUGGGAGAUUGAUGUCGACCUUGAGAGCGAUAGUGACUCCUCCAAUCACGAAGAACCUGUUGAAGCUCAAGACGAGCUCAAGUCCUUUUGGAGCAAAGAUUCGGAUGCGGAGAUGGACUUUACGAGGCUUUCUGUACAAAAUCCGGCCUGGGAGCAAUAUUCGUCGUGCAAUGCGACCUGGGCCAUCGAAUCCUCUAUUCGGUCGCCAUCACCGUCUCUGAUUGAGCCGCUCAAAAUCUACGAGUCCCCUCGUACUCCACCAUCAACAUACUCUCCCCAAUCCCCUGAUUCCAGCUCGUUACCUUCCGUUCCCGCCACUCCUGAGGGUAUGAUGUGCAGUAGGCCCACACCCAUUCCCGCCAAGGGUCUCAAAAUCAACACAGUGUGCGGGCGUCGUAUAUUUUUCACUGGUAGCAGUGAAACACGUUCCACCUUUUCCUCCAUGCACACUGCCGUUGAAAGUUCUACACCGUUCUCCUCCUGUUUUUUCCUUCCAACUCCUCCUUCAGUUUCGAAGCUGUCUUUGCCUUGGACCAAUUCUGGAAUGCCUUCUUCGGUUGACUUAGGCGCUUAUUCUACUCCUGAAAGCCAGCGGAUGGAUUCCGCAUGGGAUUACACAGAAACAGACUAUUCCCCAUCAUCAUACCCCUCCACGUCGUCCUCCAGCGUCGUUGGUCUGGAACUCGACCUCUCUCCCACGUAUCACGUUGCUGAGGACACUACUCUAGCCACCUGGCGACGUGAUCAAGUCACUCCCUCCAUAAAUCACCUUGUACCCUCCAUGGUCAUGAAUGCCUUUCGCUCCGUCGAUGCCCCCCUUCCCACUCCUCCACCCUCAGCCCCAAUCCCCAUCCCCCGUUCCACUGCAGGCGAGGAGAAGAGGUGGUCCUCAAGUCUAUGGAGGUUCUCAUUCCCUCGCUCGUCGUCGCCGCCGCAUCAGACGGAAGAGCAGCCACGUUCACGCAGGGGGUCCUUCACAGACUCGUUCCCCUUCUCUACGUUCUUUUCUUCGAGUCCCACAUGGGGGCGUCGGUCGCCGUCACCCAGCAUGCCCGAGCCGCCACCACCCGUUGUAACCGCUAUACAUGAACAAUGCCGGCAGCAGGCCCAACGACCUCGUCAAAAACGUCACUGGUUUUCGCCAGGAAAACUGUUCGCUACAGUUGGUGGCUAG